AUGCUUACAGAUGAAGGUAUUUUAUUCGAUGGGGUACUACCUGGUGAAAAUCACUGGUGGAGUUACCUGUAUGCCAUAGUUAUUCUUGCACUUUGUAUGUCCAUCCUAUUAAUUGGUAGUCAAAUGUUUGCUCGUGCUCUGUACUUCAUUCUUGCAGUUGUGGUUAUUGUUAUUAUCUGCAUAUUUGCUAAUUUCUUUCUACAACCAAAAUUGAUACCUUUGCCAAGAUCUAAUUCGCUUAUUUAUAAUUCAUCAACAUCAAAUAAUAUAACUAUAUUUGCCGAGUUUACUGGCUUAAAUGGGAAUACACUCAAAGAAAAUAUUUAUCCUAUGUAUUCAAUUGAUUAUACCACUGGUUCAUUGACGUCUUUCGUCAUUGUUUUCUCCGUAUUAUUUUCUGGUGUAACUGGGAUAAUGAACGGUGCAAAUGUGUCUGGUGAAUUAAAGAAUCCUUCUCGUUCAAUCCCUUUGGGAACUCUAUCUGCUUUACUUUGUACAUUGUUAAUUUAUCUUGUUAUGAUGAUAUUCUCAGCUUCUUCUAACAGCCGAUAUCUGUUAUUAAAUAACAAUAUAUUUAUGCAAUCAAUUAGUUUUUGGCAACCAAUCGUUGUAAUAGGUGUUUUUGCCACUACAUUAUCAGCAGCUUUAGGCAAUCUUAUUGGAGCUUCACGUAUAUUGGAGGCGAUAGCUCGUGAUGAAUUAUUUGGUCGACUUCUCCAUCCAGCAAAAUGGACCACAAAACGUGGAAAUCCGAUAGUGGCAGUCCUCUCUGCUGGGUUUCUUUGUUUGUUAAUUUUACUGAUUGGUAGAUUAAAUGCUAUCGCUCCACUUGUAUCUGUUCUAUUUUUACUGGCUUAUGCUUCAGUGAAUUUGGCCUGUGCUGGUUUAGAUGCCGCCUCACCACCAAAUUUCAGACCAACAUUUCGUUAUUUUAACUGGAUCACUUCAAUUUUGGGAAUGAUUGGUUGUUUCAUUAUGUGUUUAUUAAUUCAACCAAUUUAUACGGUAGUCGCAAUUAUUGUUUUAGGUCUACUUGUAUUUUCAUUAUAUCAGCGGCAUUUAGAAUCGUCAUGGGGUAAUAUUGGACAAGCGCUUCUAUUUCAUCAAGUAAAUGUUUUUAAUGUCAAAAAAGAUCAUUCGAUUUUAAUUUAG